AUGGACCUGUCGCAGACGCCUGGCGGGCAGAGCAAGCUUCCGACGGUAGCGGAGGGGAAGGCUGAGACCCAAGCGCGGAGGACUGAACUGUUUCGGCGAGCUCAGUGGCUCCGAGCCGCCGUUCUUGGGGCUAUUGAUGGGCUGCUCUCGACGACGUCGUUGAUGCUCGGGGUCGGCGCUGCGAAGGAUGAUCGUCGGUCCAUGGUUCUCUCGGGCAUUGCGGGGGCUCUCGCGGGCGCUUUCAGCAUGGCGGUUGGCGAGUUUGUCUCGGUCUCGACGCAGAGGGAUAUCGAGCAGGUGAACCUCAAGAAGCGCGACUCCGUGACAGAGACGGAAAAGCCAGAAGAGAUCAAGAUCACCGUCACUGCUACUAAGCACGACGAGACCGGCUCGGCUGAGCCCACUGGACGGACCCCAUCCAGAAGCACUCCAUGCCGGAGGAUGUUGAUAUGCGAAAUACCGGAAAAGGGGUCCCCGGUGAUGGUGGUGGAGCCUCAGUCGAUCACGCUAUUCUCGCCCACCUCGCCUGCGCUUAAGGUGCUUGCCGAAAACGCUGCGAAAGCAAAGCAGGAAGCAAUCGACGGAGAAGAAGCUUUACCCAACCCUUACAAAGCCGCGGCUGCGUCUGCCUUGGCUUUCCUUUGCGGGUCGUUGUUUCCUCUGUUGCCGGCCAUCUUUGUCGCUCAACAAACGCUCAGAGUCGCGAUUGUCGCGGCGGUUGCAUCCAUAGCUCUUGCUCUGUUCGGAGGCAUCGGAGCUCAUCUCGGUGGCUCGCCAGUGAAAGUCUCCGCGGUGAGGAUUUUAGUGGGUGGGUGGAUUGCCAUGGGAGUUACUUACGGGUUGCUCAAGCCUUUCGACGGAGACGAUGAUGCUAAGUAGUUUCAAUGGUGGCCAUUUCUGGGUUGUCAAAUUAUCUAUGUUGAUGAUAAAUACACUGCUUCCUUUCUAUU